UAUUUCUUAGGAUCAGACUGUAUAUUUUAUCCGCGGUCACACUGUCCACAGAGCAGGCGACGAAGGUUUUUGAGAGAGUUUUUUAAAAUUAAAAUUAAACAGAAGGCUAUGGCGUUGUGCUAAGGCCAACACUUUCACUUGCCCGCCCAUCUGGGGAAGAAAGCAAUAGUGUGGUUCUUCAGCAGAUUUUCGUAAAGCCCUUCGUCUCAUAUCUAUGAGUGUUUGUGUUUGGCAAUUAGCUUCCCAGUGAAUCACAAAAAAAAGUUAAUAACAACACUCAGCGAAGAUAAGGAAGAGUGCGUUUCCUCCCGCUCCCGCCCCCGCGCCAACCACCGCCUAACCGCAGACCUUUGCGUCCAUUGCGUAGAGCAGCCCCACAAGUUGUCCCCACGACCGAAGACAACUGGGCCAUCGAGGUAGUGUAGUGGCAGCCAACGUAUUUGGUUGCAUCAAUAGAAUGGGCAACGACGAUCACCGGCGGAGGAAGACACCUUGCGGAUUCUGCAUGGCUGUGUUCAAGUGGAUUCCGGUUGUAUUCAUAACCGCCGUCAUUGCCUGGUCCUACUAUGCCUAUGUGGUGGAGCUCUGCAUACGCAACUCCGAGAACCUCGUUGGGAUGAUUUUAAUGCUGUUCUUCUACCACAUUGCCCUGAUACUGUUCAUGUGGUCCUACUGGAGAACCAUAAUGACAUCGGUUGGUCGAGUGCCAGAUCAAUGGCGGAUACCAGACGAGGAAGUGACGCGCCUGUUUCGUGCCGACAACCCAGAGACGCAGAAACGAAUUUUGAACAGCUUCGCCCGCAGUUUGCCAGUAACCAAUCGCACAAUGAACGGCUCUGUCCGGUUUUGUGAAAAGUGUAAGAUCAUUAAGCCGGACAGAGCGCAUCAUUGCAGCGUGUGCAAUAGCUGCGUGCUCAAGAUGGAUCAUCACUGCCCCUGGGUGAACAAUUGCGUCAACUUUUACAAUUACAAAUUCUUUGUAUUGUUUCUGGGGUACGCGCUCAUCUAUUGCUUGUACGUUGCAUUCACCACUCUGCAUGAUUUCGUUCAGUUCUGGAAGGUAGGUGCCUACGAAAAUAAUGGUUACUCGGAACAGGGCCAAUUGAACGGUAGUGGCGUGGGCCGUUUUCACAUCUUGUUCCUGUUCUUCAUAUCCAUCAUGUUUGCCAUUAGUUUGGUGAGCCUGUUUGGCUAUCACAUCUAUUUGGUUCUGGUCAAUCGCACCACUUUAGAGUCUUUUCGAGCACCAGUCUUUCGCGUCGGCGGCCCCGACAAGAACGGCUUCAAUUUGGGCCGCUAUGCCAACUUCUGUGAGGUGUUUGGCGACGACUGGCAGUACUGGCCUUUGCCCAUCUUCACCAGUCGUGGUGAUGGCUUCAGCUAUCCAACAUCCACCGAUCAAAGCGGCGAGGCGCCCCCCGCCCAGCGAUACGCUGCCAUGGGCGACACAACCACCAACAGAAGCCAGAACCAGGCGCAGUCACAGUCGCAGCGCCAGGCCCGUCCAAAGUCGUUAAAUCUGCAACCCGCACUGGAACUGCCCUUGGCAAACGGCCAAUCAUCAAGCUGCAACACGGCAGCAGUCCCGUCUAGUCAGGUGGUCGUUGUCAAUUUUAGCACCCUGCCAGAGGAUGCCAAUGGCGAUGCGGUCAUCAUCGAUAUGGUGGGCGAUCAUAGUGGAGCUGCUGCUGUUGUUGCCGCUCCCAAGGAUGCCUUCCGCCAGCCGAAUGGUGAUGUCCCACUCAACUAGACCCUGUAACUUUCGCUACGAAACCUUUUUAGAUACGUAUCUCUAUGUAUGUUUGUUGUAUAUCUGUGUAAACUGCCAGAAUGGUUGCACUUGUGCCCUGUCAUCGUUGCAGUUCUUUUCUUAAAUGUAUGUUAUAUACCACUAAGUUACCUCUAUAUACACAAAUGUAUGUGGCCUUUGUGGCUGCUGGGAAACACAUUGGGGGCACCAUAUCACACAAAAAAAACAAGAAACAAAAAACAUUACAACUAUUACAAAUAGACAACUAAGUAAAUGUUUAAGCAAUACGUUUAGUAUGCAUUUGUGUUUUACAUUCAUGUGAGAGCCAUCGCAGUUUAUAUCGAAAUGUACUGGAUCAGAAUGUAUACUAUUCCGAAGGGAAUACCGGGCAAUAUAUUGUAGUGCAGGGAUGAACGCGAGACCUGAAUGUAGGCAAAUUCGUAGAAAGGACCAAUCGAUGGUGACCCCGUUUAGAGUUAGUUUUAUUAUUGAAAGAACAUUCAUUUGAAGCACCCGCCACGCCACCAACACCCAUGUAGAUAUCAGCCAAUCUCCAAGACUUAACCUGAGAUUUCAGCGAGCCCAAUCCAAUCGAAACAUGCAC